UUAUAAUGGAGCAAAUAUCUAUUUCGGAAAAUACUGCAGUCGAUUGGGCAGCUUUUCACAGACAAGUCGUUUUUGACUGUAUGGUUAUACGUCAUGAGAAGAUUGGUGGAAUAGGCAAAACAGUGGAAAUAGACGAGUCGAAAUUUGGUCGACGUAAAUACCAUCGUGGCCAUCGAGUAGAAGGCCAAUGGAUUUUUGGAGGAAUUGAGCGGGAAUCUGGGCUAUGUUUUCUUGUUCCUGUUGAACGUCGUGACAAGGGCACAUUGUUGUCAUUAAUUAAAGACUGGAUAUUGCCGGACAAGUGUAUAAUUAGUGAUUGUUGGAAGGCUUAUGAUUGUUUAGAAGAGGAAGGUUUCCGACACCUGACAGUGAAUCACUCUAUUCAAUUUGUCAAUCCAGAUACCGGCGCACAUACCAACAAUGUUGAAGGCAUGUGGCGCCAUACUAAAGCAUCACUGUCACAGUACUGCCGCAAAAAAAAAUAUUACAGUGGUUACAUGGCUAAAUUUAUGUUUCUUAAGCGUUGUUGUUACCAAAAAUUGGACGUACUGACGGAAUUUUUUAAGUACGCUGGUCAACUUUACGACCCGCACUUGCUGAAUGACCACCCUAAUUACGAGGACAAUUAUGAGUCUGAUGAGAGUAGCAUUGAUACAGACGAUGAAUAA